AUGGGCGCGGGGGCGCUCGCCCUGGGCGCCUCCGAGCCCUGCAACCUGUCAUCGGCCGCGCCGGUCCCCGACGGCGCGGCCACGGCGGCGCGGCUGCUAGUUCCCGCGUCGCCGCCCGCCUCGCUGCUGACCUCGGCCAGCGAGGGACCCCCGCUGCUGUCGCAGCAGUGGACGGCCGGCAUGGGCCUGCUGAUGGCGUUCAUCGUGCUGCUCAUCGUGGCGGGCAACGUGCUGGUGAUCGUGGCUAUCGCCAAGACACCGCGGCUGCAGACGCUCACCAACCUCUUCAUCAUGUCGCUGGCCAGCGCCGAUCUGGUCAUGGGUCUGCUCGUGGUGCCAUUUGGAGCCACCAUCGUGGUGUGGGGCCGCUGGGAGUAUGGCUCCUUCUUCUGCGAGCUGUGGACCUCGGUGGACGUGUUGUGCGUGACGGCCAGCAUCGAGACCCUCUGUGUCAUCGCCCUGGACCGCUACCUCGCCAUCACGUCGCCCUUCCGCUACCAGAGCCUGCUGACCCGCGCGCGGGCGCGGGCCCUCGUGUGCACCGUGUGGGCCAUCUCGGCGCUGGUGUCCUUCCUGCCCAUCUUCAUGCAGUGGUGGCGGGACAAGGACGCCAAGGCGAGCCGAUGCUACAACGACCCCGAGUGCUGCGACUUCAUCAUCAACGAGGGCUACGCGAUCACCUCGUCCGUCGUCUCCUUCUACGUGCCCCUGUGCAUCAUGGCUUUCGUGUACCUGCGGGUGUUCCGCGAGGCCCAGAAGCAGGUGAAGAAGAUCGACAGCUGCGAGCGCCGCUUCCUCAGCGGCCCAGCGCGGCUGCCCUCGCCCGCGCCCUCGCCCGGGCCCCCGCUCCCUGCCGCCCCUGUGGCCAACGGGCGCGCCAACAAGCGGCGGCCCUCGCGCCUCGUGGCCCUGCGCGAGCAGAAGGCGCUCAAGACGCUGGGCAUCAUCAUGGGCGUGUUCACGCUCUGCUGGCUGCCCUUCUUCCUAGCCAACGUGGUGAAGGCCUUCCACCGCGACCUGGUGCCCGACCGCCUCUUCGUCUUCUUCAACUGGCUGGGCUAUGCCAACUCGGCUUUCAACCCCAUCAUCUACUGCCGCAGCCCCGACUUCCGCAAGGCCUUCCAGCGCCUGCUCUGCUGCGCGCGCCGGGCCGCCUGCGGGAGCCACGCGGCCGCCGGGGACCCGCCGCGCUCCUCGGGCUGCCUGGCGGUGGCCCGGCCGUCGCCGUCUCCCGGGGCCGCCUCGGACGACGACGACGACGACGAAGACGACGUCGGGGCCGCGCCGCCCGUGCGUCUGCUGGAGCCCUGGGCCGGCUACAACGGCGGGGCGGCGGCGGACAGCGACUCCAGCCCAGACGAGCCAAGCCGCCCCGGCUGCGCCUCGGAAUCCAAGGUGUAG